UGGAGGAAAAGUCAAAAUAAUAAUUCCUUCAUUAAAUGAAUUUUACGAUGAAGAUGACGAUUAUCAACCAAAAUGUAAAAUUAUUAAACCUUCAAAUAGCGGAUGCGGCUUAUUCUCCAUGUUGCCUGAUCCCAAAAAUAAAAAAACGAGCAAAGCUUCAACUACUAUAUCAAUGGUUCCCAGGGCAACAAUGCGGAAUGUUAAAAAUGUUAAAGAAAAUGUUAAACCCAAAACAGAAAUUAAGUGUUUUGAGACUAAACCAAUUGAAGUUGAAGAUGAAGCCGAUGACGAUGAUCAAGAAGAUGGUGAUUUCUUGGGAUUGAACAAAAUAAAUCAAGUACUUGAUAUAGCGCCUGUUGCUGGGUUUGAUUUACCUGAAAUACAAACUAAUACAACUAUAAUUGAAGAAGACAGAGUUUAUGGACCAGUGUAUUGUUCUGAACCCAACAAAUCUGACCUAUAUGAAGAGGAUGAAACAAAACUAAUUCUCGACUCAAAUGCUUUGAAACAACUUAGUGAUCCUAGCAAGACUCAAAUAAAACAAGUUGACGUAAUAAAUGUGGAUAUGCGUCAAGUGAUGGAAGAGUCUCAACAGUGGUUACAGAAGAACAUAACAGAGGAAUAUGCAGAAAGUAAAAAUAUCAGUAGUGAUAUUAAUAUAAGUGGACAAUCAAAACGCAAACACCAGAUAACAUAUUUAGCUCAACAGGCUAAAGCCAAUGAGUUGAAACUUAAAAACAUGUGGGCUGAGAAUAGAAUGACCAGGAAGCAAACACAAGCUAAAUAUGGAUUUUAAUUGCUAAAAAAAAGAUUGCCGAGACAAACGCCGCCGUCAUGAUCGCCAGAGGACCGGCACCCGGUAAGUCGAUCAUUUUUGACCCGAACGUGAGCAAUACUCCUCCGGCCGUUAUUAUGUACGUCCGUUUCAGGGUCAGACUUGACUGUAAAUAAAACAUUGUAUAGUACUUAUACUAAUCGUACGUUAAUUUUAUAAUGUUUCAAAUAAAAAUAAAUGUAUAUUAUUGUCACAUUGAAAA